GUCACUCCAGAGAACGCGUUUCUACUGUUCCAGAGUCCAAUGGUGGCGAGCUUUACACCACUCCAGCCGACGCUUGGCAUUGCACAUGGUGAUUUUAGGCUUGUGUGCGGCUGCUCGGCCACGGAAACCCAAUUCAUGAAGCUCCAUAUUAACAGUUCUUGUGCUGACAUUGCCUCCAAUGUAGUGAGUUUUGUAACCGAGGACAGAUGAUUUUUACGAGCUUCAGCAUUCGGCGGUCCAGUUCUGUGAGCUUGUGUGGUCUACCACUUCGCAACUGAGCCGUUGUUGCUCCUAGACAUUUCCACUUCACCAUAACAGCACUUACAGUUGACCAGGGCAGCUCUAGCAGGGCAAAAAAUUGACGAACUGACUAUGAUGGCGCCACGUUGAAAGUCACAGCUCUUCAGUUAAGCCAUUCUACUGCCAAUGUUUGUCUAUGGAGAUUGCAUGGCGGUGGGCUCAAUUUUAUACACCUGUCAGCAACAGGUGUGGCUGAAAUAGCCGAAUCCACUAAUUUGAAGGGGUGUCUACAUACUUUUGUAUACAUAGUGUAUCAUGUAGUUGUCACACAACACAUUAAGCUAGAUUUAGCAAGUAUCUGUGACUCAUUGAUAUCAUUAACAAUAAACAAUUGAAUACUGUCACUUGGCACAAAUGUGGGAAUAGUGUGUGUGUUAGUAGUUUCUCAUAUUCAGAAGAAAGCCAAGUAUCACUUUCACACAAUGUGAGGUGUUGCGAUUGCCACAGACUUAUUCCCUUUCCCCACAUGAACUGCUGGCUGGGCAGAGAUCUCAGGAAAGCAGGUUUCGGGGAUCUGUGCCAAGAACAGGCUCCAGUCUAGACAAUGCAAGUACCACUUAACCUUAUGCCCAGCAAAUGUCUCACGCUUUUCAACCAAUCCCAAAUUAUUAUGAAGAUCAUUCAUAAUAACAUGUAGGUAUAGCUAAACACACGUACCUAAUGCAUGCAUUCUCAUUGAUCUGAAACAAUAUGCAAGGUAGAUGUACGCAGUCAAUACAGAUUUGGAAACUUCUUAGUGUAUUAUUUCACAAUGCAUAUCAGUCAAAGAUGCCACUUACUUUUCAAGGCAACUUCGGAAAGAUGCUGGUACACCUGUCGAAUAGAGAAUUUAUUGUCACCGCCUACUUUCAGCUCUGUGAUCUCGCGAUACCAAACCAAAAAGCCACGGAACCAUCAUGGCUGAGGAGGAGGUGGCCAAGCUGCAGAAGCACCUAGCCUUGCUGAGGCAGGAGUAUGUGAAGAUGCAGCAGAAGCUGGCUGACACAGAGAGGCGAUGUGCCGUGCUGGCUGCUCAAACCUCCGGCCAGGGCUCCACCAACACCUUCGGAACCGGGGCAGGAGACACCUUCAUCAGCCGUCUGCUUGACAUCGUGGCCCAGCUCUACCAGCAGGACCAGUACAGUGAUCUGAAGGUGACGGUUGGAGAGAUGACACUCAACGCUCACAAGUUUGUCCUGGCUGCUCGCAGUGAUGCCUGGAGCCUGGCCAACCUGGCCUCCACCUCAGAACUGGACCUGUCUGAUGCCAAACCGGAGGUUGCCAUGGCAAUGUUGCGCUGGGCCUACACAGACAACCUGGAGCUCAGCGAGGACGAUGCCUUCCUCAUCGACCUGAUGAAGCUGGCCAACCGCUUCCAACUGCAGCUGCUUCGAGAGAGGUGUGAGAAAGGGGUGAUGUCAUCGGUGAACGUGAGAAACUGUAUCCGGUUCUACCAGACGGCCGAGGAGCUGGAUGCCACAACCCUCAUGAACUACUGUGGAGAGAUCAUCGCCAGCCACUGGGAUGACCUGAGGAAAGAGGACUUCAGCACUAUGAGUGCUCCGCUGCUCUACAAGAUGAUUAAGUCUAAAACGGAGUUCCCACUUCACAAAGCCAUCAAGGUCGAGAGGGAAGACGUGGUCUUCCUCUACCUCAUUGAGAUGGACUCGCAGUUGCCUGGGAAGCUGAAUGAACUGGACAACAAUGGGGACUUGGCCAUGGACCUGGCUCUGUCUGGUAAACUGGAGAGUAUCGCCACAACGCUGGUCAACAACAAGGCAGAUGUGGACAUGGUUGACCAGAGUGGUUGGAGCCUUCUGCACAAAGCCAUCCAAAGAGGUGACGAGUUUGCCUCCACUUUCCUGAUCCGCCACUCGGCCCAGGUGAACGCGGCCACGGUCGGCGCGGUGGAGACCCCCCUGCACCUGGUGUGUUCCUUCAGUCCCAGGAAGCACUCUGGGGACGUGAUGAGUGGCAUGGCCCACAUCGCUGAGGUUCUGCUCAAGACAGGGGCCAACCCCAACAUGCAGAACAGCAAGGGAAGAACUCCUUUGCAUGAAGCGGUGGUGUCGGGGAACGAGCCUGUGUUCAACCAGCUCCUGCAGUGCAAACAGAUGGACCUGGAGCUGAAGGACCAUGAGGGUAGCACAGCUCUGUGGCUGGCCCUGCAGUACAUCACCGUGUCCUCUGACCCCAACGUUAACCCCUUCGAGGACGAAGCUGUGGUGGUGGAGAACGGAACAUCGUUUGAUGAAAACAGCUUUGCAGCCCAGCUCAUGCAGAGAGGCAGUAACCCAGACGCACCAGACACCGCCACAGAGAACUGUCUACUGCAGAGGGCAGCAGGUGCAGGCAAUGAGGCUGCCGCCCUCUUCCUGGCCACACAUGGGGCAAAGGUCAACCAUGCCAACAAAUGGGGUGAAACCCCUCUCCACACGGCGUGUCGCUGUGGUCUGGCGGACCUGACGGCAGAGCUGCUCCACCAGGGGGCUAACCCUAACCUGCAGACUCAGAAGGCCCUCCCCGAUGAGGCCCAGGGGGUGUCCCUACAGAGCCCCCUCCACAUGGCCAUUGUACACAACCACCCUGACGUGGUGUCAGUCAUCCUGGAGCAGAAAGCCAAUGCUCUUCAUGCCACCAACAACCUGCAGAUCAUCCCAGAUUUCAGCCUCCUAGACUCCAUGGACCAGACGGCGUUGGGUCUUGCCCUCUGGACAGGUAUGCACACCAUAGCAGCCCAGCUCCUGGGUUCUGGGGCAUCCAUCAACAACACCAUGUCCAACGGUCAGACCUUGCUCCACAUGGCCAUCCACAGACAGGACAGCAAGAGUGCUCUGUUCCUCCUGGAACACCAGGCUGACAUCAACGUCAGGACCCAGGAGGGAGAGACGGCGCUGCAGCUGGCCAUCAGUAAUCGGCUUCCCCUGGUGGUGGACGCCAUCUGCACGCGGGGCGCGGACAUGUCCGUGGUGGACAAGAGGGGGCACCCUCCUCUGUGGCUGGCCCUGGAGAAUGGCCUAGAGGACAUCGCCUCCACACUGGUUCGACACGGUUGUGACGCCACCAGCUGGAGCCCUGGUCCCUCAGGCUGUCAGCAGACCCUCCUCCACAGGGCUGUGGAUGAGAACAAUGAGGUCACCGCCUGUUUCCUCAUCCGCAGAGUUUGGUCAACUUUUCCACUUCUUUAUUUAUGUGGUUGUGAUGUGAACAGCCCGCGGCGGCCAGGCCCUAACGGGGAGGGGGGUGAGGAGGCCAGGGACGGACAGUCACCGCUCCAUCUGGCAGGCAGCUGGGGGCUGGAGGAGGUGGUACAGUGCCUUCUGGAGUUUGGAGCCAACGUCAACACACAGGACGCAGAGGGCCGAGCUUCAAUCCACGUUGCCAUUAGCAGCCAGCACAGCGUCAUCAUCCAGCUGCUCAUCUCCCACCCGGACAUCCGUCUGAACGUACGUGACCGCCAGGGGAUGACACCCUUCGCCUGCGCCAUGACCCACAAGAACAACAAGGCUGCAGAGGCCAUCCUCAAGAGAGAGCCUGGGGCUGCCGAACAGGUGGACAACAAAGGACGUAACUUCCUGCAUGUGGCGGUGCAGAACUCUGACAUCGAGAGUGUUCUGUUCCUGAUCAGUGUCCAGGCCAACGUGAACUCCCGUGUGCAGGACGCUGCCAAGCAGACCCCUCUACAUCUAGCUGUUCACGCUGCCUCCGAAAUGAUCGUCCGUAACCUGCUGCUGGCCGGGGCCAAAGUGAAUGAGCUGACCAAACACAGACAGACCGCUCUACACCUGGCAGCCCAGCAGGACCUGGCCACUAUCUGCUCUGUGCUGCUGGAAAACGGAGUGGACUUCACCGCUGUGGACGAGAAUGGCAACAACGCUCUGCACCUGGCCGUAAUGCAGGGUCGGCUUAAUAAUGUGCGAGCCCUUCUCACAGAGUCCAACAUCGACGCAGAGGCCUUCAAUCUCCGGGGCCAGUCACCGAUGCACGUCUUGGGGCAAUAUGGGAAAGAGAAUGCGGCGGCCAUCUUUGAGCUUUUCUUGGAGUGUAUGCCUGAGUACCCUCUGGACAAAGUGGACAAUGAAGGGAACACCGUUCUGUUGUUGGCCUACAUGAAGGGCAACGCUAACCUGUGUCGUGCCAUCGUGAGGUCUGGUGCACGUAUGGGCCUCAACAACAACCAGGGAAUCAACAUCUUCAACUACCAAGUAGCCACCAAGCAGCUGCUCUUCCGCCUCCUAGAUAUGUUGUCCAAAGAGCCCCCGUGGUGUGAUGGAUCAAACUGUUAUGAAUGUGCUGCCAAGUUUGGCGUCACCACAAGGAAACAUCACUGCCGUCACUGCGGCCGCUUGCUCUGCCACAAGUGUUCUAUAAAAGAGAUCCCCAUCAUUAAGUUUGACCUGAACAAGCCCGUGCGGGUCUGUGAUGUCUGCUUCGACGUGCUGACUCUGGGUGGGGUGUCCUAAUGCAGUGGACAGCCUGCUCCUCCAUCCUUCUCUCCCUCCAUCUUCCCACCACCCCGACACCAUAGGCUGGGCAACAACAGGAGAUCGGGUGACUCGGCAGUGGCAGCCAGGGCUAGUUAUUGGACAGAGUUACAGACAGACCACAACCUCUGUACUAUUCAUUCCAGUCUAUCAAAACAUGUUAGCUAAUGUUCCAACAGGACUUAAGAAGUAGAAUAUAAAAACAUUGUACAUGUUUUUUUUUUUUUAAAUCAAAUUAAUCACGUAGUGAAAAUGGGAUAAAAUGAAAGUAGCUUGGCUUGACUCAAUGACUCCUGGACUGGACUGGACUGGUUGGGGAGAGGUAGAUGUUAAUCGUAUUGUCAUGAUUUGACCCCUGAUAUCAUUCAUCGGGUGUUUGAAGGAAUCAUGAGAAUCAUUGAUGAACUUGUGACGGUGUCAGAUUGAGUCAGUGAUGAACGUGUAAUGGUGUCAGAUUGAGUCAGUGAUGAACGUGUAAUGGUGUCAGAUUGAAUCAGUGAAGAACAUGUAAUGGUGUCAGAUUGAAUCAUGAGAAUCGGUGAUGAACGUGAUGGUGUCAGAGCCCUAACCCUGGUCUCGGUUGAGAGCAGACAGACAAGACCGCAUGUGUGCAGCAGCCGAGCUGGCCUACUCAUCAAAUGAAUCCAUCCCUGCACUGUGCUGGUGAGACAGGAAACAGCAGCCGAGCUUGCUGCCCUCUUAAGACCUGCCCUGCCGUUACAAUCAGCCGACCUUUGUCCCGAAAUGUGCACUCGUUCACUUCCCUUCAUGGAUUCAGAAGAAAAAGGACUGCUGUAUUUUCUCUUAGCUGUGUGGCCGUGUGGCCGUGUGGCCGUGUAGCCGUGUGGCCGUGUGGCUGGUUCUAUAUGAACAAGAGACGGGUUGGUUGGAUUUUAAGGGAAUGGAGUUGACAAUUUUUUUCAUAUAUAAAAAAAAAUACAUCUAUUUGAAUUGAUGAUUCAGUGAUGGAAUUAAUGAUUAAAAUGUUCAUGAAACACUAAUGGGGUUAAAUAUAUUGCUGAAUAUAUUGCUGAAUUAACUCAAUACUUAAAGUGAGACCUCUGCUUUAAAAAAAUAAAAAAUCAAAUCUUUGUGAGAUUAUAUUCACAUGAUUUGAAAUGUGACGGAAUAAAACAACCUCCUUAAGUGUUUCUCGACCACACGGUAAAGAUUUAGAGCAUCGGUAAGUGGGACUAGGCACUCAACUAUCACGUGAGGUGUUUUCUAUCAGAACUGGAACGGCUGAGAACACCUUUACCAUUGAGGAUUUGUUAGUCCCAAAAUGCAUAAUAAUUAUUGCUUUGAAAUUGUACUUAUGAUAAAAUACCUAUUAUGCUUAUGCAUGUCAUUUAAUUUGUAGCCUAUACUUUUGUAUUGUCUUAUAAUCAUUGUGAAUUGUGUCGGUUUCCCAGACCACCAAAGUGUACAUUCCAAGUCCAUGAAAUCUGGGUCUUUAGUAAGGUGGUGUUGUUGGGGGGGGGGGGGUGGGGGAUUUAUAUGUAACAUGCUCCAAUUGGUAUUGCCUCAAGUGUUGUCUUGACCUGGCAGGCUAGUUUCCCAGACCCAGAUUAAGAUGAGUCCAGGACAACAACAACAACAAAAAAAGCACUUUCAAUGAACAUGUUCAGGCCUUUAGUCCAGAUAACCAGCCUGUAUGUUUUAAUGCAUCUGGAUUUCAAAACCUAACAGGUGCACUUUAUCAAAGAUCACAUGACAUUUCUGACAUAAGGGGAGAGAAUGUGAGAGGAGUUGGUGGUGGCCAUUGGUCCGUCAGUGGUCCACUAUAAUCAUUGUUAAAUUGUACAGAAAUGUAUAAUAUUUUUGACCACUACAACUGUUUUGUACUUUGUACUUUGUACUACUUUUUUUUGUUUGUUUGUGACAAAACUGAAAUGUUUUGCCUCUUAAUCUUUUCUGAACGUUGUGUUCUCUCUAUGCUCAGAUAUCUAGCCCGUCUCUUCCUUCCGUGUCCUUUUUUUUUUAGAGAAAAGGGAGGACGAAUUUUCAUAAAGUUAAUCAAAAAUAAAA